AUGAGCGUCAGAUAUUCGGAAAAAUUUGUAAAAAUUUUUGACACUACACGUCGAUUUGCCAUGUUAUGUGACGUUGAUGUUUUAAAUGAAAACUUCAAAAUGUGUUGGAAGACUUUGGCUAUUUUUUUACUCAUAAAUUUUGCCAUCGGUUUUACAUUCUAUACGAAUUAUGUUGAGGUCUUUGUCAAGGAUAAUAUCUAUAAUAUACUAAAAUCGACAUCUAUUUUAGGAACUGGACUGCAGGGUUAUAUGAAAUUUAUUAAUGUACUUAAACAACAGGAAAAUUUUCGUUUUUUAUACCAUGAUAUUGAGGAAAUGUAUAAAACAUACGAAUUAAAGUCAUUGGCCUAUAGAAAUUGCUUAAAUAGUAGUAUUUCUUUGGCAAACAAACUACUUGGUAUAUUAUUAACAUUGAUAACGGUUACGGCCUUAAUCGUAGUUGGUGUUCCGGUAUUAAUAUUAAUAUUUCGUGGGACACGCAUUGAAAUCAUGCCAUUUCAUAUUCCCUAUAUAGAUAUUGCUACAGAUUUUGGUUAUUAUUUUACAUUAGUUGUUCACAUAGUUGCUGUAUUCUUUGGAGGAUUUGGUAAUUUUGUCAUUGAUUCGUGGUUGUUUGUAUUCACUGCUCAUAUACCGCUUAAAAAGAAUAUAUUGAAAUGUAAAUUAGAUGAUUUGGAUAAAAUUUUAGAGGAACAUCCUAGAAAUUUGGAGAAAACAAAAGAGCCUUUGAAUGAUAUAUUUAAAUGGCAUCAAAAAUAUUUACAUUUUAGUAAUGUUAUUAAGGACUCUUAUUACUGGGUUAUUUUUGUUCAAGUAAGCACUGAAUUUUUUGGCAUUAUCUCCACAAUUGUUUGCAUGUUCUUGGGCAUUAGGCCACCAGCACCAGCCUAUUUACUUUACUUAUUUGCCAUGUUCUAUUCGUAUUGUUCUUUGGGCAAUAUAGUCGAAGUAUCGAACGAUGAAGUAAUUUUCAUAAUAUAUGAUUGCUGCUGGUAUAAAUUGACGUCAUCGCAACAGAAAAUGGUUUUAAUCAUGUUAAGAGAAUCACAACAGGCUACUGGUUUUUCUAUUGGAGGCGUGGCACCUUUAUCGAUGAGUACUGCUCUACAAUUGACUAAAACCGUUUACACUUUGUCGAUGAUGCUGGAAAAUUUUUUCAAUUAA